AUGUUUGCGUCUAGGCUUCUGUUGCUGCGCCUUACGAGGGCAAGCCAUGGGCCCGAAAAGGUGGCUCCCGCACUCGCAGCAUCCAUCAAAGACAUCAUCUUAAAAGAUCGUGUGGUCAUUUUUUUAACCGGCACACCGGAAGAACCUCGCUGCCGAUUUACGGCACAGAUGGUAGAUAUGAUGCAGCAGAUGGGAGUCCAGUAUAGCUUUUUCAAUGUUCUUGACGAUGAUGAUGUCUGUGAGGGACUUAAGACGUACAGUGACUGGCCGACGUAUCCGCAACUUUAUAUCGAUGGGGAACUUGUUGGAGGAUACGAUGUGUGCAAAAACAUGUUACUAAAUGGACAAUUAACAAGGCUUUUUCAGGAGAAGAAACUGCUUUGA